GUCAUGCGCUCGGACCAAGCCGUGACCCGCUGCUCCUGCUAAGCUAAGGUGGUUCGUACCAACAGAUGGUCCGCGUCAAACGCUCCGAAAACCCGCUUUCCUAUGAAAUGUGCCGCAUUAAGCGAUAACGGCGCAGUCGUAGGAAGAGCUACCCACCGCGGCAGCAGCGUUUUCAGUGAGCGCCAGUUACUCUCCGGGAACGCAUGCUUGUAUUUUAAGUUUACCGCAGCUAGCUGGCUAGCUCGUCAGCUCACCAAAAGUGAAACAGGAACGAGACUGAAAGCUCCAGGAGUUUGACUUCAGCACAGCCAAAACAAGCAGCAGCUUAUCCCUCCGUCGUCAUCAUGGAGUCCUGAAAUCUUCAGGCUUCGGCGACUCGCCAGGUCGCUUGUGGUUGCUUUGGACCAGAGGCCUCUUCAGCCUACAGCCUGUCCGACCUCCCAGGCUGAGGGAGCGAGCAGAUGGGGAACUGGUGCUGUUGUCGCCAUGAAAGUCCCUGCGGCAGUUUGGAGGAAAGAAGCGGUUUGCUGACCAGUGACUCGAAGGCCACCCAGUUCACAGGCUGUAAAGCUGUGGCUGGCAAUUGCGGUCCUGAAGGAGAUGAUUGCAUGAGGGUUGAGGAGCGGAAGAUGAGUCCUGAGACCGGAGAGCAGGAGCCUAAUAACACUCAGGAAAAUGGACCCUUGAAGCAGGAAGUCAUUCAAAUAGAGAUGCCUCCGCCCUGCAACAUGUCUGAAGAAAACGCCACCGGAGUACAAGAUACAGAGGAAUCUCCUGCUCACAGUCGUCAACUUCCAAUGCAGUGCGCUUUGGGGUCUGUCCAGGAUGAGCACGCCAAGGCGGAUUCUGAGGUUUUAAAAGCACCAGAGAUAGAAGAAAACCCCCCCACGCAAUACAAAAUCCCAGAUGGCACCUCUCUGACACCUGAGGUGGUCUGCUUUGAAAAAACUCCGCAUACUGAGACAAACACAACAGUAGAGCAAACUGCAGCGAGCACAACUCAUCAUGACAAAGAAGAAAAAGUGACUGUUGAAGCUGCAGCUAAACCAUCAGGGGAGUUUUCUGAAAAUCACCAAGUGUCAUCAGUGUCAAACAUGCUGUUGGCUGCAGCUGCCCCGGCAGCCCAGCUGUCGUCUGUGUCUGUGGGAAAGCAGGAACCUGAACCUGAGCCUCUGACAUGUGCCGGGACAGAUGAUUCAAAUAGCAGGGAGCCCAGUCUUGAAGACCCAAAAAGCCAUGAUGUCUCCCAGUUGUCUUCUGGAUUGGAGCCCACGGAACUCGACCACAGCGGUGAGGGACAGGACUCUGCCAGCUCAGUGAAGGAGCCAGAAACCACAGCUCCAGCGGACGCCAGAGAGAGGCCAGUGGGUUCAGAGUUUGCAAUAACAAAACAAACAAGCUUGCCGUUAGAUGAAGAUAAAAGGUCAGAUGCGGAGCAUACACCUACAAUGUCAGAGGAGGUCGUGUCUGUGGAGAAAACCAAGCAGGAACCAAUGUUAGUGCAGGAUAACGAUGAAGAUCUCCCCAAGGUCAAGCGGAACGAUGAAGAGAUAAAAGAGGAGAGGCCAACUGAGGCCGAGACUGAACCUGUGAAAGAUGCUGAAAGCGAGGAGGUUACAGGAAAAAAGGAGCAGCUGGCAGAGAGCGCAACCAAGAAUGUUAUGGCUGACACCACAGAGAAGGAAGACAGUGAAGAAGAUUUGUACAGAGGCGAAGAGGAGCUGUCUGCGUCACAGCCCGAGCUGGAGACAAAACUUUUAAAGGUGGAGGACAGAUGCAGUUUGUCACCGGUGGUGAAUAUUCUGUUGUACAGUGAGAGGGAGUGGAAGGGAAAUACUCUUAAAAGCGCUCUCAUUAAAAAGGGUUAUAAGGAGAUGUCCCAGAGCUUUGCCAGCGUACGAAGAGUCAGGGGGGACAACUACUGUGCCCUCAGAGCCACGCUGUUCCAAGUGUUGUCCCACAGCACCCAGUUGCCUGCGUGGCUGCAGAAUGAGGACGUCAUCAUGCUGCCAAAACAACUGGAGGCUCAGGAUGGGCUGAUAAGUCAGUGGACAUUUCCUGGAGAGUGCCUGCAGAGAGAUGGGACAGGAGAUGCCGUCCAGCAGCUUAAAGGCUACAUGGAGCUUCUCCGUAACACGUGGCAGGCAGCGGUGGACUGUGCCACCGACGCUGAGCGUCAGCAGCUCUGUGAGCGAGUGUUUCAGGGUGGAGAAGAGGAGCUCGGUCUGCUGGAGGCUCUCAAGCUGCUGAUGCUGAGCAGAGCGGCAGAGCUGCACAGCUGCAUGCAGGGCGGUGAAGACGUCCCCCUCUUCUGCUGGCUGCUGUUCGCGCGGGACUCCUCCGACUGUCCACGCUCUUUCCUCUCCAACCACCUCAGCCACGUGGGCCUGACCGCAGGUCUGGAGCAGGUGGAGAUGUUUCUGCUGGGCUACGCCCUGCAGUGUACCAUUCAAGUUUACAGACUGUACAAGGCAGACACAGAGGAGUUUGUCACCUACUACCCGGACGACCAUAGGGACGACUGGGAAUCUGUGUGCCUCGUCACAGAGGAUGAUCGCCACUACAAUGUGCCCGUUGUAGAAGCUGCAGAAACACAAAAGGAGCUCCCCUCCAGCUGAUUGCCACUGCAGAAAAACCUCCUGCCAUACAAACACCCCUCAGGUUGAUCAAGAUUUAUCAAUUAAAGGUAUAGUUUUGGGAAGUGUGCUUAUUAAUUGACAGCCAGCAGUAAGUUUGCUUAGCUUAGUACAAAGAAUGGAAGUAAAGGGUACAAACAUACAACCACCAGCACUUUUGAUUGUUUGUUUUUGUUUGUUUGCUUUUACUUUAAUCCACACAGAAAUCAAUGACACAUGAUUUUCUUCUUCCCUGGACAGAGGUGCCUCGCUAACCUUUCUCUAUUUCCUUUAUUAUCUAUUAACCUGUGCCGAGCAUGGGUCACAUCUGUCUGGACUGUUAGAUGAAAAAGGGAUCACAGAUCUGUUGCUUUAAAUUAUGAGCGAUCUUUAUCACUGUGCACACACUCCACCAGAAGUAGAGGUGAAUGCACGUUAAGAGCCUGGUCUCAGUUUUAAUCUCCAUCAUAAAAAAGCUGUUUAAAUAUCAGCAGGAAAGCGAAACAAGACAAACUCUUCUGUUGUGAUCGCUAGUUGGCUUAAAUUAAGAUACUUCUGAAGGAAAGGUGCUGGUGGGAGGAUGUUCUUACCUUUGGAAUGAGUGGUAACCUGAAACCUGCAGACCUCCACAAGAGACUGAUGAUUUUUGUUUUGGGCCUUUUAUUAGAGAUGUUCCUGGCUAGUCAUCAUUUCUAAAAGGCAAAAUAAUAACUCAGAAAACCUUUAGAAUUGAGCAGACCUUAAAUCAGGGAUGUCAAACUCAUUUUAAGUGGGCCGGACAGAUGAAAAUCUCCUUUGUGUCAGCGUGAAGAAGUUUAACUACACAUUUAAUCUCAAUAUAAGAAGAAGUGCGAUUUCAACACUACGUCUCAAAAGAAAUGCUGCUGCAGCAGACAAAAGAAUUCUGGGAUUUCAUUACAAGAAAUAAAUGUUACAAAUUACAGAAAAGUUCUGGUAGCUCAUUGCCCAGACUGUCCUGCAAUUAUGAAGCAUACUUUUUUUUUUUUUUAAUUCAUAUAAAAUGCUCUGUUAUUUAUCAAUUUUGCUGUGGACACACUGUAAAAAAGGAGAAACUUCUCUAGUAGAUGGUGCAGCUUUUCUGUCAUUUAAUUGGUUAUCCAGUACACAAUUACUAUGGUGCAGUAUGUGUGGCUGUGGAGGCGAUCUUAAUUAGUAGGAAAAACAGUAAAACACACAGAAAACAGUCCAAUAUAAGUCCACGAUUUCUUACAUUGUCUAAAGAUAUCCAGUCGGCCAGAUUGGAGUCUUUGCCAGGCCGAUUCCAGCCCCCGGGACUUACGUUUUAAAUUUGUCAAGUUAAAAAUUUGACAUUCUGCAAACACAUUCCAUGUUAAUGAAAAGGUCCUUUUUUCAUUCAUGCAAGCACACCCCGGUGCAGAAUGUGGUUAACCCUGGCUUUAGCUGCUUGUUUAACCAGCUAUUUCAGCAGCUGACUAGCAGGGAGGCAACAUUUAAAUAACUAGUCAACUGGUACUGUUUGACAAAUAUUAUGGUCUGCUGUGUAGUAGGGCCCAUUCUAUAAGUUUUUGCUUCAGUUGUAGUGAGUUACUGCCUGAAUGUUGCACUGAUUACGGAGCGUAUCCGUCUAUGCACUGCACCCAUACAGUCUGUAUGUGGAGCUUUCUGGAUAACCUUGCGAGCAUUAGCUGACACGUUGACACAUCUGGCCCCAAAAACCAAAGUGCUUAAGGCCAUUAAGCAAACAUAACGUCACAGUGACUGUGUCCAUCUUCGGUAUACAGUUUGUUUUUGGCAGAGAACAGCUAGCUGUCUCCCCCCGCUUACAGUCCUUAUGCUAAGCUAAGCUGACUGCCUCCUGCUUCACAUGUCUAACUCAGCAAAUAAGCACACGUCCCAAAAAUCUUGACCUAUUCCUUUAAAAAAAAACAACAACAAAAAAAACCAACACACAACAAAAUGCUGAUUCAAGACCACGUACAAGGUUUGGUUUACAUGUUCUUGUACACACUGUACUGUAUACACAGUUUUCUAUUUGGAUAUGUGUACAUAUCCGAUAUCCUGUGAUUUUCUCAGAUAGACGCAGAUUCCCUUGCAGGGUGUCAUUUUGGAAGGAAAAAAAGCCCAAAUUUUCUCAGAAGUCUUUUUUUUUUUUUUUUUAAAUGUAAAAUUUUGAGUGAAGCUGCCAACGGCGCCAAAAACUUUAGGUGAUGGUAUUUACACUGGAUGUUGGGCACUUUGAGUGUUAAUUUAUUGUUUUGUUUUUUAAAACAAGUGUGACCGUCUAAAUUCAUUAAGUGAAGCAACUGAAUUAGUCAAUGAAGGGUUGGACGAUUUAUCAGGUUCAACACCAGAUGACGAUCAGAAGAUUACUCGCAUCCUCUGUGUCAGAGGUGUGAUUUGUGGCAGUCUGUGUGUGCAUGUGUGUUUGACUUUGUGUGUAUGUGUGUGUUAAACUCAAUGUGUAACAUGCUGCCUUUUAACCAAGCUGUUCUGAAGGGAAGAAAUGUGCCAAUGUUGCUGCUAACACUGGCAACAGACCCAACCACCAGCCGCUGGACUCAGAAAAGGCUCGCUUGGUCCUCCGUGUUGCCUUAGAAAUAAUGCACAGUAAGAAUGAAUGUUGGAUAUUGGUGAUAAGAGGCCAUUUAUGUCUUAAUUCCAGAGCAGGUAAAGGUGAUUAAAGAAAAUGUUAUGCCAUUUGCAGGAAUGUUCUUGCACUGUCAAAAGUUUUGGACAGCAUUUAAAUAAAAUGAUUUUUUUGGGGUGGUGGGGGUAAAGUUCUGGAUUGAGGUCUGUAGACAAAAUAAAACAGUGUAAAAACGUU